AUGGCACUCUGGGUGACCCUGUCUGGCCUGGAGGGGUCGGGGGGUGGGGGGGAGGGGGGUGGAGGGGUGAGGUGUUGGUGGUUCACUAAAAGGCAAACUGAUCCUGGUUUCCAUUUAAAGGGGAUUAACCCUCAUCCAUCAUCCUCCCCUUUAAGAGCUGUCAGACCUGCAAUCUACAGGCCCCAUGCCUACAGACCUAUAAACUACAGGCCCCAAACCUACAGACCUAAAAACUACAGGCCCCAAACCUACAGAUCUAUAAACUACAGGCCCCGAACCUACAGAUCUAUAAACUACAGGCCCCAUGCCUACAGACCUAUAAACUACAGGCCCCAAACCUACAGGCCUAUAAACUACAGGCCCCAUGCCUACAGACCUAUAAACUACAGGCCCCAAACCUACAGACCUAAAAACUACAGGCCCCACACUUACAGGCCUAUAAACUACAGGCUCCAAACCUACAGACCUAUAAACUACAGGCCCCACACCUACAGACCUAUAAACUACAGGCCCCAAACCUACAGACCUAUAACCUGCAGGUCCCAAACCUACAGACCUAUAAACUACAGGCCCCAAACCUACAGACCUAAAAACUACAGGCCCCACACCUACAGACCUAUAAACUACAGGCCCCACACCUACAGACCUAUAAACCACAGGCCUCAAACCUACAGACCUAUAAACUACGGGCCCCAAACCUACAGACCUAUAAACUACAGGCCCCAAACCUACAGACCAAUAAACUACAGGCCCCAAGCCUACAGACCUAUAAACUACAGGCCCCAAACCUACAGACCUAUAAACUACAGGCCCCAAGCCUACAGACCUAUAAACUACAGACCCCAAACCUAUAGGCCUAUAAACUACAGGCCCCAAACCUACAGAUCUAUAAACUACAGACCCCAAACCUAUAGGCCUAUAAACUACAGGGCCCAAACCUAUAGGCCUAUAAACUACAGGCCCCAAACCUACAGAUCUACAAACUACAGGCCCCAAACCUACAGACCUAAAAACUACAGGCCCCAAAUCUGCAGACCUACAAACUACAGGCUUCAAACCUACAGACCUAUAAACUACAGGCUCCAAACCUACAGACCUAUAAACUACAGGCCCCAAACCUACAGAUCUAUAAACUACAAGCCCCAAACCUACAGACCUACAAACUACAGACCCCAAACCUACAGACCUAUAAACUACAGGCCCCAAACCUACAGACCUAUAUACUACAGGCCCCAAACCUACAGACAUAUAAACUACAGGCCCCAAACCUACAGACCUAUAAAUCACAGCUGUAAACAGUCGCACACACAUGCAAACACACACACACAUACAUGUGUAAACGUGUGAACACACACACACACACACAUUUAUUUAUUGCGCUGACACCCCCUUGUCUCGCCCCAUUUCCAAACAGCUGUUCUCUCAAGCACAACAACCUGUGCAAAUCACACACAGAUGAUGUUCAAGGCUGCCAGUUCUGCUCUCUAAAAUCA